GAAGAUGGGAGUGCUGGGACAAGUCACAGGAACCGUGACAUGCCCGACAGUAGAAAAAAAACUGUCGAUGGUCGUAGUAGACGGGGCAGGACCAAAUUUGUUGGGCCGUGGCUGGCUAAGAGACUUGGGGCUGCUGCCACAGCUGGUGAACAAGGUAACAGCGACUUCAGCUCUAAAAUUGUCAGAUGUUUUAGACAGGCACACGGAAGUGUUUAAAGAAGAGCUGGGACAGCUUAAAGGCACCACAGCAAAAAUUCAUGUUAACACUGAAGCCCAACCACGAUUCUAUAAGCCACGACGUCUACCCUUCGCAGUUAAACCCCUGGUGGAGGCUGAGCUUCAAAGACUGGUGGAAGAGAAAAUCAUAGAACCAGUACAGUUUUCCGAAUGGGCAGCACCCAUUGUACCUGUGAAAAAACCAGAUGGCUCCAUUAGAAUUUGUGGAGAUUAUAAACUCACAGUAAACAGAGCAUCCAGUGUUGAACAAUAUCCUAUUCCUAAAGUGGACGACUUGUUUGCACAGUUAGCUGGAGGGCAGAAAUUUUCAAAGCUGGACAUGAGCCAUGCCUAUCAGCAGAUCAUGCCUGAUGAAAGUGCCAAGAAAUAUGUCACCAUCAACACACACAAAGGACUGUACACUUACUGUAGGCUACCAUUUGGAGUAGCGUCAAGCCCUGCAAUUUUCCAACGCACCAUGGAGGGAAUCUUGCAAAACAUGCCACAUGUCACAGUUUAUUUGGAUGACAUUCUAGUCACAGGAACUAGUGAGGAAGAACAUCUAAGAAACCUGGACGAGGUAUUGUCUCGGUUAAAAAGAAGUGGGCUUAGGCUGAAACGGAGCAAGUGUGAGUUCCUGGGAGAGGAGGUGAUAUUUCCAGGUCACAAAAUCAGUGCCGCAGGUGUGCAACCAGUCGCAGAAAAAGUCAAAGCGAUCCAGGAAGCGCCCACACCGCAGUCGGUGAGUGAACUGAAGGCUUAUUUAGGCUUGUUGAACUAUUAUCAUAAGUUCCUGCCUAGGCUAUCCACGUUGUUAGCACCUUUACAUGUCCUGUUGAGGAAAGAGACAAAAUGGACAUGGGGCUCUGAACAAAAAGAAGCCUUUGAAAAGUCAAAAAGUCUUCUGCAGUCGUCAGCCAUACUAGUGCAUUAUGACAUAAAGAAACCUAUCAUUUUGGCUUGUGACGCUUCUCCAUACGGGGUCGGAGCCGUGUUGUCGCACAGGAUGGAGGAUGGCACAGAGCGGCCGAUCGGAUUUGUGUCACGAACGCUAAAUGCAGCAGAGAAGAAUUAUUCUCAAUUAGAGAAGGAAGGUCUAGCUGUCAUUUUUGGUGUGAAGAAAUUCCACACAUACUUAUACGGGAGGCAGUUCACCAUCGUAACGGAUCACAAACCGUUGAUUUCAUUAUUUAAUGAAAUGAGAGAAGUGCCACAAAUGGCAUCGCCACGUAUACAAAGAUGGGCUGUGACAUUGGGGGGAUAUGAGUACUCCAUUGUUUACAAAGCUGGAAAGGAACAUCAAAAUGCUGAUGGACUAAGCAGAUUGCCUUUAACAGAGAAAGGAUUAGAGACUCAAGUGGAGGAAGAAAGGGUACUCCAACUUGAAGAAAAUGAUGUACCUCUUGUGAAUGCAGGACAAGUGAGAAAAUGGACAGACAAAGAUGCAGUGUUAUCUCGAGUACGAGAGUAUGUACUCAGAGGAUGGCCAAAGAGAGCAGAUGAGUCAGUUUUUGGAGCAUAUACCAAAAAACGAGAGGAACUCAGUGUACAGGGAGGCUGUGUUCUGUGGGGAGCGCGCGUGGUCAUUCCUCCGCCAGGCCGGGCAGCUCUUUUGAAACAGUUACACAUCAAUCACCCUGGCAUCACACGAAUGAAAGGUUUGGCAAGAAGUUACAUGUGGUGGCCACAGAUGGACGUUGAAAUAGAAAGCAUGGUAAAAACUUGUGCCACAUGCCAAGAUAAUAGAAAUUCUCCCCCCUGUGCACCUUUACACCCGUGGGAGGUGCCAAAUCUGCCAUGGAGAAGAAUCCACAUUGAUUAUGCUGGUCCGUGGUUAGGAAGGAUGUUUUUGAUCUUGGUGGAUGCCUACUCUAAAUGGCUGGAUGUGUACCCGCUAAAUAAGUCUACCUCUACUGUAACCAUUCAGUGCCUGAGACAAAGUUUUAGCCAACACGGUAUACCUGAAAUUGUGGUGUCGGAUGAUGGCAGUAGUUUCACAAGUGCAGAGUUCCAAGAGUUUAUGACCCGAAAUGGCAUCAAACACAUCACCACAGCACCGUAUCAUGCAGCUUCCAAUGGACUGGCGGAACGAGCAGUGCAAACGUUCAAAAGUCUGAUGAAGAAGAGCAAAGGAGAUUCCAUUGAGAUAAAGCUUGCCAGAGCAUUAUUCAGUUACAGGAUUACACCGCAGUCGACUACUGGGAAAUCUCCUGCGGAGCUGUUAUGUGGAAGGAAAUUAAGGUCUACCUUGGAUCUCAUCCAUCCUGAUUUUAAAAGUCAGGUACAGGACGAACAGCUGAAGCAAAAAUUUUACCAUGAUCAACAUGCUAAAAAGAGACAGGUGACUGAAGGUGAUCAAGUGUACACAAAGAACUUUGGUUCAGGGCCUAUUUGGAUUCCUGGGACAGUUCAGAAACAGACAGGUCCGGUAUCUUGUACUGUGGAACUUGGAAAUGGCCAAAUAGUGCGCCGACACAUAGAUCAAGUGAGGAACAGACAUGUUGUGCCUUCAGAGGAAACGCUGGAGUUGGAGAAAACAUCCGUGACAGAGGGAGUUGAGUUAACUUCAAUUUCGGGUGUCACGUCCUCGAAAGACACUAAUAUGGAGCAGACGGAGGAAGCUACUAAAGAGGUGUUAAAAUCUGAAACUCCUGUGGUUAAGGACAAUUUUGAGUUAAGAAGAUCAACGAGUCGGCGCCAUUAGCCCUGUGGUUAGUGCGCCGACAUAUAGCGUCAGUGCGCUCGCGGCGACCAGAGUUCGAUUCCCGGCUCUGUGGUCCUUUGCCAGUCCUGCUCCCAUAUCUCCAACCAACACUUUCCUGUCAACU